AGGUGCUGGUGCAAAAACAGUUUAGCAAUGGAUCAAAGAAAAAAUGAUAGUUUUGUCCCAAGUAUCACGCAGUUGGAAGACUUCCUAACAGAGCAUGACUCCAAUGUUGUUUGGCUGCUAGUAGCGACAAUAUUGUCUUGCGGAUGGAUUAUCUACCUAACUUAUUAUAAUUCCCGGAACAUUGGACUCAUUUUAACAUUGGUUCUUAACAGAUUAUAUAAACAUGGCUACAUCCAUAUUGGUUCCUUUUCAUUCUCUGUGCUGUCUGGAAAAGUCAUGGUUCGCGAAAUCUAUUUCAUCACAGAAGACAUGUCUAUCAGAAUUCAAGACGGAUUUAUCAUAUUUCGCUGGUGGAAGAUGUACAACCCUAAGCAGAAACAGCAUGAUCCAAAGGCAGAAACACGACUGUAUAUUAUGGUGAAUGACUUUGAAUUUCAUGUGUACAACCGUUCUGAGCUCUAUGGACAACUUCAAGAACUAUUUGGCUUGGAUCCCACAAUAAUUCCAGCAAAGAAAGAUGGGGAAAAAGCACAAGUAAACGGGCGGCAGAGAACACAUACCAAUCUUGAAAGUGUUAAAGUAAAAACAGAAUCUCAAGACCCUUCUUCUUCAUGGAGGUCGCUUAUUCCAGUCAUUAAAGUCAACGUGAGCACGGGUCGCUUGGCAUUUGGGAAUCAUUAUCAACCACAAACACUUUGUAUUAACUUUGAUGAUGCUUUUUUGACAUAUACCACAAAACCACCUUCAAGCCACCUUGAUCAGUUUAUGCACAUAGUGAAAGGAAAAUUGGAAAAUGUUAGAGUCAUGCUGGUUCCAAGUCCAAGAUAUGUCGGUCUUCAAAAUGAUGAACCACCGAGGCUGAUGGGUGAAGGUUUUGUUGUAAUGCAGUCCAAUGAUGUUGAUAUCUAUUACUAUAUGGAUGAACCAGGUCUUGUACCAGAGGAGAUGGAGGAAAGUAAUGAUGGAGAGGCAAACAACGAAGACGACAAAUUACAGGAUCUGCCACCAUGUUGGGGUUUGGAUAUUGUUUGUGGAAAAGGAACAGACUUCAACUAUGGACCUUGGGCUGAUAGGCAGAG